AUGGCUGACCCCCAAUUGCAAAAGGAUCCUGCUACCGCCAACAAAAGAGACUCCAAGAAGGAAUCAUCGGGAACUGAAGGAGGGAAAGCGUCAAAAAAGGGGAAAAAUUCUGGAUCCUCACAGGAUUCCUCACAGCCCUCUCCAUUGGCUCUGUUGGCGGCCACCUGCAGUAAAAUCGGAGGGCAGGCGGGAGGGGAGGGCGCCCAGGUGCAGGCGGGGCCCCAGCAGAUCCAACUCCAGGCUGGUCAGAUUCAGCUCCAAGCGGGUCAACUCCAGGGCCAGAUUGUAGUGGACGCAUCUGGUGGCCAGGCCCUCGUCCCCCAGCAGCUGGAACUGGUCCCGGCUCAGUUCACGGGGAACGGCUGGCAGAUCGUUACAGCGCCACCUGCCAUGGCUAAGGAGAACACCAACCAGCCUGUAGCUGUGACGGUGGCCACGACCGUUCCUAAUGACAGCUCACCUGGACGCAAGGUGAAAGCCGUAGCCGGGACCAACAGUGUGGCGGCCAAUCAGCAACAGCAGUUCCAGAUAAUCCAGGUUCAAAACCUGCCCAAUGCUGGCGGCGGGGUCCAGUACCAGGUCAUCCCUCACCUGCAGACAGCAGAUGGCCAGCAGAUCCACAUCAACCCAACUCAGCAGGCCUCCAUCGGGGCUCUGCCCGAGCAGCUUCAACUCAUACAGAGUCCGAGCCCAGGUCAGGCUCCGGCUAUUCUACAGACAGCCAACCAGCAGGCCAUCCUAUCAAGUACAGCCAAUCAGACAGUCCCGCUGCAAAUCCGUCCCGCUCAGUCAUUCCCCCUGCAACUGCAGACCCUUCAGGGCUCUCAGACGCCCGUCAUGACCACAGUACCCAUCAACCUUGGCGGCAUGACCCUGGCUUUGCCUGUGAUCAAUAACGUCGGAGGAGGCGGGGCCGUGCAGCUCAUCCAAUCGGCAGAUGGUACUUUUUCUGUUGCUAGCGGCAACCAGUUGAUGACCGCAGCGGCAGUCUCGGGGGCAGCGCCAACACCGGCGGUGGCUGAGGGUGACGCCGCACCAGAGGGAACGCAAGUAGUCUCCUCUGCCAUUGAGGCCACAACAAGUGAAAACCAAGCACAAAGCACCGAGACAGACUCUCAAAGUCAGAAUCAGGCCAACGGGGUCCAAAGCCAGACAGACGCACCAGGAACCAUUCAACAAGUGAUCGUCGGGCAAGUGGGACAUCAGCUUGUGCAGCAAAUCCAGCUGCAACCCCAAGCUACCGGUCAGAACCAAGGCCAGCAGCAACAGAACAUUCAGACUCUCCAGCUGGCUCCCGGUCAAACCCUGCAGCCCAUUCAGGCCUUCCAGAAUCCAGCCCAGGUCCUUAUUCGCACACCCACCCUAUCCCCGUCUGGGCAGAUUGCAUGGCAGACGCUGCAGCUCCCCGGCGGAGUCUCCCUCCAGGGAAGCCUGGGAGCGGCGAUGCCACAACAGCUCACGCUGGCCCCGGUGGCUGGUGGCACAACAGUGGGGAGCGGUGGAUUGGUCUCCCUAGGGGGAACCCCCCUGACACUGAGCGCAGCUCAGAUCAACCCGGGUUCUGGCGUACAGACAGUUAGCAUCGCUGGGCUCGGCAACGCCGGGGUCCAGGUGCAGGGUGUUCCCCUCACCAUUACUGGUCUACAGGGUCAACCGCAAGGACAGGACGGGGUCAAAGUUCAGUCCUCUCCCGUGACGGUCACAGUGGGUAACGUGGCAUCCAGUUCAUCGAUGAGCCCGGAUCAGUUAGGGACCGUGCAGAGCUCCUCAGACCAGGAGGGACCCCCGAGCAAGAGGCUUCGUCGAGUCGCCUGUUCUUGCCCAAACUGUAGAGAUGGAGAGGCAAGAAACAGUGGAGACCCCACAAAGAAGAAGCAACACAUCUGCCACAUGGAAGGCUGCGGUAAAGUGUACGGCAAGACCUCCCACUUGAGGGCCCACCUGCGCUGGCACACGGGCGAAAGGCCUUUUGUCUGCAACUGGAUCUUCUGCGGUAAAAGGUUCACCAGGAGCGAUGAGCUGCAGAGACACCGGAGAACGCACACAGGAGAGAAACGCUUUGAGUGUCCUGAUUGCUCCAAGCGCUUCAUGAGAAGCGACCACCUUUCCAAGCACAUCAAGACCCACCAAAACAAAAAGAGUGGCGCUACCAUGGCCAUCAUCACCACCGACAACCUUGAUGAUGAUGUCCCUGAGUGUCUCCCAGCUUCUCCUCAAAUAGUCACUGUGGCGACCCUCUCCCGUGACUCUGAGCCCGCUACACCUACCACCUCCAAUCACUUGGAGGAGGAGGAGGAGGAAGCGGAGGAAUUUGAGUAG